AUGAAGACAAAGCAGAGCGAAUUUUUGUCAUUUAAUAUCUUGAAUUGUCCAUUUCCUAAACAAUAUUAGAAGACUGAAGAUUAAAAAAAUCUUCUUAUCUCUCAAAGACUCAACAUUCCCUUGAUACCUUUAAAUUUAGUAUAAGAAAAAACUGACACAAUUUAACUUAAAUUAUUUAAGAAUUUAAAUGAAUAAACAACUAAAUAGGAUGGGUCUCGAAAUACUUAAACAUUUAAAUUGAAAAAUUCAUUGAAAAUAAGUAGAUUAUUGGAAAAUAAUGUAUAAAAAUAGAUUGAAACUUAUAAAGAUUUUUAAAGAGAAGAAGGAAUAUCAAACUUAAAAUAAUCUUUAAAAGUAAAGACUUUGGACACAGAAUUAAAGACUUAAAAUCAAAUUAGGUAAAGAAUAACAUCUUUGCCAACUGAGGCAUUUGAAUCAAAAGAUUAUAAUUUUUAAAAUCCUGAACCUGAUCUCAUAGGAAAGAGAACUAUAUUUUCUAAAUAAAAUAUUCAGGAAAAUAGUAUAAAAAAAAGCUAAAUUUAAACUAAUUACAGUAAAGUUAGAACCUAAACAAUUGAUUCAAUCUCUAAUUAAAUUGGUUAAAAACAAAAACCUAUUAGUAAUCUAAAAAUUACAAAGAAAGUUUUUAUUAAGAAAUAUAGACUUAAGAUUAUUGCUAUAAUGGUUAGAGCUGUUCUUAAAUUAAGCAAAAAAUAUAAGUAAUUUUAAUCAUAACUUAGGUUUGUGUUUUAAAAAAGAAGUUAAGCAUUAAAACAUUUUCGCAAAUUAAAGGCACCACAUUUGCAUGUCUUUAGUUCUUUAGGACCUUAAAAAGUUUAGUAAAAAUAUCAAGAUUUCGUGUCAUUGUUGUUCUCUAAAAUUAUUCAGUUAUUAAAAAGUCAAAAUUACAUUAAGGAUUAUACGGAUAUUUUAAAAUAAGAAUAAAAAUUAAUAGUGGAUUUUUAAAAAUAAAGGUUAUGUUUUUUGAUAAAGAUAUUAUUUUAAGAUUUAGAAUUAAUAACUAGAAAAAAUAUAAUACCACCAUUUAUAUUACAUUCAUUAAAUUUAUGUCUUUUUUCUGGAAAACAUACCUAAACAAGUUAAUUUGUAAUAAAUAGGACUAAAUUUUAUUCAAAAACAGUUUAUUCACUUAAUUCUUAAUAAAAAGUAUUAAUUGCUUUAGAAUAUCUUAUUUUUACUAUUAUUGCACCAAAUAUAUUAGAUAUUGCAAAUAAAUAAAUUUGUAAUAAUUAAGAUCAUUUUUUAAUUAUCUAAUUUUAUUUGACAGCUAUUAUUAUACUAAUUACAGUUUUUUUCACAAAUCAUUUUAAAAAAUUACCAAAAAUAGAAAAAUCAAAUGUUAAACCUGUGUAAUUAAUUCUCAAAUUUUUGGAAGAAGAAGAAGAAGACACACAAAUUAAAACAGAAUUACUAAUAUCUCAAAAUUUAGAGAAAAAUGAAGACAUGAUUAUUUCUGGAUAGAUUAAAUUAAAUUUAAUAAAUUAGAUCUUUACUGAAAAAUUAAAGUGGAAAAAUUAAAUGACAAAAAUUUUCUCGAAAUUAGUUGAAAAUAUUGAAGCAUUAAUAGAUAUUGAAAACAUCGAGUGA